AUGUGCUGCACAGCCCUCGGGGCGCCCGACGGCGUCACCGUCCCGUGUCUGCAGCUGCCUCUGCGUGUCUCCGUGCUGCUCCGGGAUGGACGGCAGCGCUCGACGGCUGUUCACGCAAAGGUUCUCGCGCCCGACUGCUGCGAGCUGUACGACUGCUUCAGCCACGAGAGCUGCGCGGCCGUCCCCUCCUUCGACCCCGCGACGACCGUCGUGGCCUUCCCGUCCGAGGGCGCGACCACCUUUGCGGACCUCGACGGUCUGGCGGCGGUGGACCACCUAGUGCUCUUGUGCUCGCCGUGGCAGCAGGCGCACAAGCUCGCCGCGCUGCCGCAGGUGCGCGGGCUGCGCCACGUCCGACUCGCGCAGACCGGCUGCACCUCCGGCUUUUGGCGCGUGCCGCCGCACGACGGCAGCAGCGCCGGCACCCACCUCGCCUCGAUUGAGGCGCUCACGCGGCUCCUGCACGAGUUCACGCUGGCGCGACGCGGAGGUCUCUCCUCCGGGCUCGACCAGCUGCUCUUCUUCUUCCGGGCGAUCCAGAGCCGCGUCGUACAGCACCGCGGCGGCCACAACAGCCGGUGCGGCCCCAGCGGCCCGCUGACUGACGAGGGCCGCGAGGCGUUCCGUGCGGCCAAGAGCCAGCGGGUAGGCGAGGGUCGAAGGCGCUCCAAUCUCUUGCGCCAGCGGUAUGGGUCGGAGCUGCCAGCGGAGAGCGGGGAGGCGGAGCCAGGGGCGGAGCGGGAGGAUCAGUCCUAG